AUGACUGAUACUCGCCUUUCGAACGACGUUCCGGAUCACUCAGACGAAACCCAUACAUCCACAACCAUCAGAACCUCGACACUUUCUAAGAUUCAGCCAAAUGUCUCUAGGCUUGGAUUCAUGGACUUGCCCCCAGAGCUACGUCUGAUGAUCUACCGACACGCUUUUCCAGAAGACGAGAUCUACAUUGUGGUAUACGGAAACACCACCCGAGCCCACCCCUACCAUGAACAAACCUCUGGCUUAUUACGCCUUAAUCGUCAAAUCACUCGAGAGAUUGACGCCAUCUGUACUUACGUCGUCCACGACUAUUACGACAUUUUCGCCCUCGCACCAAAAACAGUCAACAAGUUACAUGAGAUCUGCAAGCUUCUAGCUCAGGCAAACAGGAAGAUCACCGUGCGAAUCGAGCUCGAGUUUUGGGGACACUCCGAUUUACGUGAUCUUCUCGAAAGCUUGCCGGGAUGCAAAAUUGAGAUCAAGACUCAUACUCACAACAUUAAACUCGAUGUCUUGAUCCGACGUGUGGAAAUCUGGAAGGAGUCCGGUGGUAUUGAAGCAUCUGUUACGGUUAUGCGUUGUCAAAAGCAGGGACUAAAGUGCUGCCAAUAUCUGUGGGGAUUGUGA